AUGUUAUUUAUUGGAUCUGAAAAAUAUCCCUAGACUGAGUUCUUUGAAGAUUUAAUGGCAAAGGGCGGAGGUAUAGCAAAUGCAUACACAGAUGAUUAAAACACAAACUAUUAUUUUGAAAUAACAGUGAAUAAUUUGGGUAAGGCUUUGGAUGUAUUUGCUCAUUUCUUUAUUGAUCCACUAUUUAACGAGGAUGCUGUGAAUAAGGAACGAAAUGCUGUUAAUUCAGAAUACGAAAUUGAUGUAAGCAGUGAGGAAUGGAAAGUUAUCAAUCUUUUUGCACUUUUGGCAGAUCCUAACCACCCAGCGAGUAGGUUUAGUAUAGGUAACAACGAAGUUUUGGCCAAAGACGGGGUAGUGGAAGCACUGAAGAAGUUUUACAAGGACAAUUAUUCAUCUAAUAUAAUGAGUUUGGCAGUCUCAAGUAGAUUGUCAUUAAAUUAAAUGGAGAAGUUGAUCAAGGUUUUCUCAAAGAUAGAGAACAAAAAUUUGACCCCUUAAUCUUUUAGUGGAUUUCCAUAUUAAUUUGGAUUGUUGGGUAAAUACAAAACUGAAAAGAAGUUGGUUUUUUUGAAUUGGUAAUUAAGUGGAAGAUAAUAAAUUGCGCAUUAGAAGCCUUUAGAAUUAAUAGACUACUUAUUGAAUAAUGGUAAUCUGAAAGAUUAUUUAAAGGAGAAAUAAUUGGCGAUUGAAUUUGAAUCCUCUAUUUUCUUGGAAUAGGAUUAUUUUGUCAAUUACAUAAUACAAUUAACAUUACCUGAACAUUAAUUGGAAGAUGGUAACAUUGCUCUUGAAAUUUCGAGAGUUAUUAAUAACUAUAUUCAAUAAUUAGAGGAGUGGUUAAAGGAUGAGAGAUAUUUGGAAGAGAUAUUUAAAGAGCAAAGCUAAAUUUCCAAAAUCAGUUUCGAAUAUAAGGAAGGACCUUAAGAAAUAUCGAGUAUUGCCCACAAUUUGAAUAGAUAUGAACCUGCAGAAGUACUCUCGUCUAGUUUCAUCAUGGAUGUAUUCGAUAAGGAUCUUAUAUUCAAAUAUAUUUCUGAGUUGAAGAGAACUGAUAACUUAUUAAUCUUAAUUGGAGAUGAUGAGUACUAGUUAACAGAUAACACUUUGAAAUAAAGUAAUUAGGAAUUCUUAAAGGACAAGAGAUUGGACAAAAGGAGUGAGAUCUAUCGUUUAGAAUAUGCAACUCAGAAGAUGACUCAAGAUUCCAUUCAAUUCAUUACACAAAAAGAUAUCAAAUUAUAACAACUAUUCACAAAACCACAAGAGAACCUAUUCAUUCCAGAUGACUUAAAAUUAGUAUCAUUAUGUGAAUCAAAUAAGUUGAAAUUACCUCUUUUGGUUAAUUCUGACCAGUUGAAACCUUUGGAUAAGGAGGGAAAGUUGAACUUAUUGCUACAUGCUGGAUAAGAUUUGCAAGAAUACCCUGAAGAUCAAUGCAAAAAGGAGGAACAUAGAUAUCAAAAGAACAAUCAUUAUCCUAUCUUAUUAAGUAAAGAGAACAAUCAAUGGUGGAAGUUUUCCACUUUAUAUAAGAUGCCUACUGUUUAUGGAGCAAUAUCCAUAUAAUUCGCUAACCCAUUAACAAUAAGGCAAUACACCUCAGUUAGAAUUUAUAAAUUUAUUUCAGACGAAGAAAUCAACAAUUAACUUAGGCUGCCCUUGGCAUCUGGAUACACAGUAGAAUUGGGGAUGGGUAAGUAAAUAGAACUCAAGGCGUACGGAUUUAGUGAAAAAAUUAGAAGUUUCUUCAAGAAAAUUUGCGGAUGCAUGAAUCCAUUCAAGGAUUAAUCCUCUACUUUGAUUGAACUUGAUGAAACUUAAUAGGAAUCUCAAAAUUUCAUUAGAGCCAAGUAAUCUCUUAUAACCUCUAUAAAGGAUAAAUUCUAAAUGAAAUUAUUUGAUUAAUCGAUUUCAUUAUACCUGCCUUAAAUUUUAAGAAGGGACAUUUUUAAUCCAGAAUAAGUCUUAUAAUAAAUUCCUAAAAUUACUGAGGAAUAAAUGAUUUCAGAUAUUAAGGAAGUACUCUAAAAUUCUAUAUAAAGUUCACUUUUGAUUGGUAAUCUGGAUCAAAAGAAUGCUUAGGAUUUUUCUUCUGAGUUGUAAUAUUGUAUUAAAGACAGAAAUUCAAAAGUGGAAUAAUCAUAAUCAAAACCAACAAUUUCUGUUUUGAGUUUGAAAGGUAAAAAUUUAGUAUUUGCCAAAUUUGUGGAAUCAGAUAAAGGUGAUUUGAAUGGAGCAAUAUUAAACUAUUAUUAAAUAGGGAAAAGAACUUCAGAAAAUUAUGCUUUAAUGAAGAUACUCUAACCACUGCUUUAUUCUUAGGCAUAUAGUUAUCUAAGAACUGAUCUAUAAUUAGGAUAUGUCGUGUUUAUGCGAUUCCAAUAAAUUAGUUGCAUUGAUGGUGCUUUCUUUUUAGUGUAAGGUAAUAAAGAAUUGCCAAUGAAGGUUAAUUAAUUAAUAGAAAAAUUCAUAUUGAAAUUUGAUGUUUACCUUAAAAAAUUGAAGAAAAAGCAAUUUGAUCGUUUAAGACGUAGUGCAAUUAUUGAAUUAAGAGAAAAACCACAAACUUUAAGUGAAGAAGCAGAUAGAUUGUGGGAAUAUAUUAGUUCUGGAGACUAUUCUUUUGAGGAAAGAGAUGUCACAAUUGAGAUAAUGAAAUCAACCACAAAGGAAUAAAUGGUAGAAUUCUAUGAAAAUAUCUUCAUUCAUAAUAGGUCUAAACUAAGCAUACAAUUAUACGGAGAAGGAGUGGUUUCAUAAACAUUAAGUUUGAAGAACAACGAGGAGUUUGAUACAUAUAUACAGGCCAAUAUUCCCAAGGGAGCAUCACUUUUUAAUAAUAAAGAAUUGUCCUACUUGGAAUGUUAAAACGAUGUCAGUUCUGUUUGA